UGUUCUAGCGUUCAACUUUAUACAAGUUCUUAUGCGUGUUAAGUACGUAGUGCAAAAUAAAACACAUUAAAUUCUCUUUGAUGUAUUUUACACGGUUAAAUUUAUUUUGAAUAUGUUUACAAAAAUGGCUGGAAAGAGAGCAGCUACUACAGAAUUAAAUCAUGAUAACUGGGAUAUAGAAGAAAAUCCUGAAGAAGCAGGGACAUUUAAAAAAGCUCCUGAUGAUGUACUUGAAAAACGAGUUGUUAAAAGAGCUAAGCGGCGUUUACAAAAUUCAGAAGAUACUACCAAAAGUGCAUUUGGUACAUUUACAGGUUUUAAAACAGCGACAGCUACAGCACAUGCUUCUCCAUUUAGCUUCUUAGUUGGUAGUAACACUAAUAGUAAUUCUAAUGAUGCUUCUUCAAAGACAGUUGCGAAUAUAAACAAGCCUCCUCCUAUAAAUAAUGAUAAUCCACAAAGUAAUGACAAUGACCCAAAUAAGAAAGACAAUUCAGAAGUACAGGCAGUAUUGACUACAUCUGCAAAUAAAAAGAGUACUCCUGAUCAAGAAGAGCAAAAUAUAUUUAAAAAAUCUUCUGAUUACUUUGCCAAGUUAAAAGGAUUAAAUGAAAGUGUGGCACAAUGGAUUAAAACUCAUGUUGAUGCAAAUCCGUUUUGUAUUUUAACACCUAUUUUCAGAGAUUAUGAAAGGUACCUUAAAGAAAUUGAAGCUAAGCAUGGAAGUGGAAUUGAGAAAUCCAUUCAAGUAUCAGAACAAGCACAGUCUGUGCAUGCCAGUGAUAAAAAGGAAGCUGCUGCUGCUGACACAGAAAAAAAACUUGAGAGUUCUCCUUUUGGAGGAACAAACACAAAAGGUCCUUUUGCUUCAACUGUGAAAGUUUUUGGUAGAUUUGCUACUGUUGGUCCUAACUCUAUGUUUAGAAAAUCAGAUCAAACUGUAGACAGUAGUAAAUCCAUUUUUAGUAAUACAGAACAGAGCUCAGACAUGCACAAAUCAGUCUUUCAUAAUACUGAACAAAAAUCUGGAACUAAAAGUAUAUUUGGAAAAAAUCCAUUUUUAAGUAAACCCUCUUCUACAUCAGAUAAUAAAUCAGAUGAACAAGACACAAAAUCAGAAACAAAAUCGACUACCACUGCUACUACUAGUUCUUUUGCCACAACAAAUACAGUCACUUUCUGUUUUGGUCAAAGUUCUACUACUAACAAUACAUCAACAGGUUUUAGUUUUGGAAGUGCCAAACCAUUUACAUUUGGAGCACAAGCCGUACAGCCACAAGAACCUGAGGAUAGUGAAGGAAUAGAUGAGGAAGAUGAAGAACCACCAAAAGCAGAUUAUAAACCAGUAACAGAAGAAGGUACCAUAUAUCAACAAAGAUGUAAGGUUUUUGUAAAGAAAAAUGGUAAUUUUAGUGACAGAGGAGUUGGAAUAUUGUUUCUAAAACCAACACCAAAUGAUAAAACACAAUUAUUAGUACGUGCAGAAAAUCCUUUGGGAAAUUUAUUGCUGAAUACUUUAUUGACUGAAAGUGUCCCAACAAAACGUAUGAGUAAAAAUACAAUAAUGUUGGUUUGUUUACCAAGACCAGAAUGUAGACCUCCGCCGGUACCAGUUUUAUUGAGAGUAAAAACUGACGAAGAGGCUAAUGCAUUAUUCGAAGCACUCAAUAAACAUAAAAAAUAAAAGAAAUUUAGGAAUGAUAAACAUUGAAAAAAUACACUUGAGG